GUUCUUUUUCUCAUUUUCCUGCUUAAAAUGCCGAAACAUUUCAAGACAGCUUCUUCUAGUAAAGAAGCAGAGUCAAGAAAGCCAGCGAAUUCUGAGGCUUUGUCUAAAAAGCCUAAGAGUUUUAAGAAAAAAGCCAAAAUUAAGAAGACUGUCCAAGUUGUUAAGGAGACGACACAUGAAAAGACAGUUUCGUCCUCUAUCGUCGCAAAAUCAGCGCCGUCCUCAAACUGGAAAACCCUUAUCUCUACUAUUAAACCUUCCCCUCGCAAAACUAUACCCGUUUACAACGCAUCAAAAAAGCGCUCAUCUUCAGAUUUUGAUGAUGAUCAAGACGCAACAUCAGCUAGAACGAAAAUACCAAACUUGAACAUUGUUACUGGAACUAAACACGAUACUACUCAACUAUGGUUUGAUGAUAUUUCAAAAGAGGAUCUUGAAAAGGCAUACGGGAAAUCAGGGUGCAAGCACGAGUAUGAUCCAACAGAAACUGGAAAACACAAGAUUGGAAAGUAUGUGGGGAUUGAUUGUGAGAUGGUAGGCGUUGGGCCAGAUGGUGAACAGUCAGCUUUAGCUCGAGUCAGUAUUGUCAACUAUCAUGGCGUUACAGUCCUGGAUCUCUAUGUCCGUCCACUGGAACGUGUGACAGAUUUUCGCACUGAGGUCAGUGGCAUCACGCCAAGACACCUUGCCAAGGCAAUAGAUUUUAAAGACGCCCAAAAGCAGGUGGCUGAUAUUAUCAAGGAUAAAAUAGUUGUUGGACAUGCACUACAAAAUGAUUUCAAGGCUCUAUUGCUCGAACACCCACAGAGACUAAUCCGUGAUACCUCCAGAUACCAACCGUUCAGAGCUCUAGCUAAAGGCAAAACCCCAUCACUCAGAAAGCUCGCCCAGGAGAUUUUGGGAAUUAAGAUCCAACAAGGAUCUCAUUCUAGUGUCGAGGAUGCUCGAAUAACUAUUCUGUUGUAUAGAAAGCAUAAGGAGGCAUGGGAUUCAUCACUUGCACUCAAAGCCAAGAAAUUGGCUACCAAGGCAAAAAAGAACAAAAAGUCUACUUUAAAACUUCAAGUAUGAGACUCGAAUCAAACAGGCUAAUUAAAUAUUAUGUUAUGU